UUGUAUUUAUUUUUUUGGGAUUAUUUGAUCUAUUAAGACUGACCCCCAAGCACGUGAAUACGCGCUCUCUCUCUCUGUCUCUCUCGUUCUCCAUCCAUUGAUUGCUAGCACGAAGGGCGGAUCCAUAAUUUGAUUGGUGGUUGAAUCUGGGUGGUUGAAAGAAUGUCAGGCAUGGAGGAUGGAGCUGAAAAGUCAAACCCAUCCACCCAACAAGAAGAGGAAGUUGUUAAAAAGAAAUAUGGAGGAAUGAUACCUAAGAAGCCACCUCUAAUCUCAAAGGUAAGUCAUAGUAUUUGUCUGCUAGAUUGUUACUGUGAUUGGUGGCACAGUAAAUAUCAACAUUUUUUUGUGAGUAUUGCUUCUAUCUGUGUUAUAAACCACCUCUUUUGUUUUCAGGACCAUGAGCGUGCUUAUUUUGAUUCUGCUGACUGGGCUCUUGGAAAGCAAGGUGCAGAUAAGAAGCCCAAAGGUCCACUGGAGGCACUUCGCCCAAAAUUGCAGCCAACACAACAGCAAACACGAUACCGCAAGUCUCCUUGUGCUCCAUCAGAAGGUGAAGAUGGAAUUGCUCCGUCGGAGGAUCCAACUGCAAAUGAAUGAGAAGGAGAUGUUGACUCUUUGUCGAAAUGUCAUAAGCUGUUUACAUAUCUGCUCUUAAGAAUUUAAAAAAUAAAAAUGAUUCACGGGGUGUUUCAACUUUUACUCGAGGCUGGUAUUGUGUUGCUGUAACAUUGAUGUAGGAUAUUUUUCUUAUGCUGUCUAAUGAAACGAGUUUCCUGUUUG